AUGGGUGAUUUUGUUGAUGAAGACCUAAUUGUGUUGAAGGACAGUGGAAAAAAUACUGUCGAAACUAGUAAAUAUAAAUAUCAUACAAUUAAGGAUGACCAAAAUAAUAUUAGUUUUCAGGAUCUAUUUCCAGAUAACGAUCAGCUAAAAGAUUCAGUUAUUAAUAUAUCAAAUGUUACAAAUAUUGAAACAAUAAAAAAUAAAACUGAUAAUUCUUCUACUAUUUCAUCGUAUACACCAAUACUUUAUUCAAAGUUAAUCAAUGAAACUCCUGGAAAAGCAAUUGUACCUAGAACGCCAAUUGAUCUUUUACCUUUCAUAACAAAAACAAAUAUGUCAUGGACUAGUGAUAUGGAAACACCGGAGAAUAAAUUUAACGAGAAAUCUAAAGGCUGUAAUGAAAUUACAAACAUAAUUGAUAAUAAUAAAGAAACACCACAGCAUCGUAAUCAGCGUACACCAACUAACAGAAUGAAAAAGAAUAAAAUGGAUGUCACUUCUCCAAUUCUGGGAGGAAAAAAACGCUAUAAACGACAAGUAAAACGCAGAAUACUGAAUAAUAUAUUAGAUAUCGAUACAAAUAAUGAAUUCCAAAGUAGUUAUAGUAGUAAUAGUGACAAACUACCUUCCGAAACAAUGGAUUCAAUAAGUAACGAAGUUGCAUUAGAUAUUGAAAUAGAAACUAAAAAAUCUAUUGAACGAGAAUCUAAUAAUUUAAUUAGUGAAAUAUGUAAGGAAAAGAGAAACAUAAUGGAAGAAAAAUCACCUCUAAUAAAUAAAGCUAAUGAAAUAAAAUCUACCGCCAGUGAUAAACCUUUGAAAAAACAAAUUUUUGAUGAAAAAGAAAAUAGUACAAUGAAUAUAAGUAAUAAUAUCCUUGAAAGAGUUGCUACGAUCAGACGUAAUCAAAAACCAUUCAGGCAAUCUAUAAAAGCGCAUGUAGUUGUAUCAAAAGAUAUAUUUACAAAAUCAGUCAGAGAUCUUGAAUUCGCUGAUUUGGGAUUUAAACAAGAAACAACGAAUGCUAUAAAUGCUGAGAGUAAGCCUUUGAAGCACUCGUUAACAAAAUUAUCUUCUUUCGAAAAGGAAACAAAUAUUGCAAACAAUAAAUUAUCCGGUAAGAAAAAUGAAAUAGAAGACUUUUCUCAAUUUGUGCCAAUUGAAAUUAUGGAUGAUUGGGAUGUUGAGAAUGUUUUAGACAUUAAAAAAGAAAAUACAAGCCUACAAAAUUUACCUGAUUCUUGUAAUCAACGAAAAUUCAUAAAGGAAGACGUGAAUUUUAAUACUGCUAAUGGGAAGGAAAUUCUGGUUAGCGAAGAAUUUCUUGAAAAAGGUAUGAAAAUUUACAACGAAAUUGCAGAUGAAUUAAUAAGCGACAACAAUUUUUUAAAUUUAAAACAUUCAAAUGCAAAUGUAAAUUCAUCGAAGCGAUUCUCGAAUGGGCUGAGGAACGAUAAAACUCUGAUAAACAACAAGGAAACUUUAUUCGAUACUACUUCCUGUAAUAAUUUAUUAAGCUUAAAUAAUUUUAAUAACGAGACGAAUAAAUUAUCAACAGCCAUAAAUGAAAAUACGUAUAAUGAAUUAAAAAAUAAUGAAAAUAUAUCAAACAUUUCUGAGCUUCAUUUUCAACACAACUAUACCCAUAAUUCUAAAAUAAGUUCAAACGAUAAAGUAAAAAAAAAUGAAGAUUUAUAUCACAAAAACAUAUGCAAUCAAGCGAUUAAAACCGAAACAAAUUUCUAUCAAGAACUGCCUCUUCAAGAUUUUCCAGAACAAAAGUUUAUAACUCAAAGUGUGGAAGAUUUUGAUAAUAAUAGUUUUACAACGGCUGGUGGUAAAGGUAUAAAAAUAAAUGAAGAUAAGGAAAAUUAUUAUUUGGAAAUUUUUCAGCAAUUGGGCGACGAUAUUCAAGAUGGCAAUCAUUUGCUUAAUAUAAAAAAAAAUACGUUGUCAAAAAUAAAUCGUAAUAUUAAAUCAUUAGAUAAGGUUUCGGUCACAUUUAAUAAGCCACGAGAAAGAGCAAUACAGUCAAAAUUAAAUAAUAACAAUAAUACUAAUAAUAAUAAAGUAGAUGGCAAAAUUAUAAUUGCUGCUUCGAAUUCGAAACAUGUUUUGAACAAAUUAAACGAUACAUCAGCCAUAAGUAAAAAUAAGGAGAAAAAUUCGACUGUUUCUGAAAAAGCAAUAUCAUUUGAUAAAGAAAGUUUUUCUACAAGUGGCGAGGCACAUAAAAUUAUCAAGAAUGAUCCUAGCCCCAAAAAAAUGUUUGAAAAGGAAAAGCCAUUGGAAAAUUUUAAAAUUCAUAAAAGUGAGCAUAACGACAGAUAUAUGAAAAAAUUGAAGCAGAAAUUGGAUCAUUGCGAAAUUAAGCGACCUGAAAGAUGUCGAUCUUUCGGCGGAUUUUCUAAGAGCGAAGAAGGCGCAAUGACAUUAAAAUUAAACAAAUCCGAUCCAAUUGAAGAAUCUUUUACAAAUCAGCCAUUAAAAAAUGGUUUGUCAAUCAGUCAAUGUUUUGAUUCGCAUUCUGAUUCUUGGUUAUCUAAGGUUGAAAUUAGUCAUCUAAAUAAUAGUAAAGUGCAAUCACCAGUCUUAAUAAAAAAAAUUGAAGAAAAAGUUAAUGCAAGCGCGAUGCCUGAAAAUUGUAUAGCUGAAGAGCGUAGUGAGUUUUUAGGAUUUUCAUUUAAAGAGUGUACGGAAAAUUUUCGGAAAUAUGCAAAUUUUAAGAAAUUUUUGAAAAAUCUUUCCGUUGACAAUUGUAGUAUUGAACUGAAUAUGAAUAGUGGUCAAAGUGUUUCUUUACGUAAUGAGACUUCGAUCAAGCAACGAUUACUUAUAAAGUGUAAAUGUAACAUAGACGUAAAAGAUAAUUAUAACGAAUCCAAUUAUAUUUUAACUGACAUAAAAUCUAAAACAGAUAUGAAUAAAUUCAGCAAUAAACAUGAAGCAAUAGUAAAACAAAAUCAUUACAAAAUAGAAAAAAUUGAAAAACGAAAACACGUCGAUACUGAUAGCGAUACGCCAUUAUCGACGCUUAAGAAACCUAGAGUUGGAUGUGAAUUUCAAGGUCGAAAAUUAUUUUGUGACGAACUAAAUGAUGAAGACGAUGAUAUUGUAGAUCGCAAAAAAAAUGAAAAAUCUUUGUCAUAUUUAAAUGCUCCGACACUUAUAGAUCAAGAGCAUAAGGAUUUGCUUAAGAAACGUCUUCAGGCAAUUCUUCAUCAGGAGAAAAUUAUUAAAAAUAAAAAACGAAUAAAAAUUCAUUUUUCAAUGGGUACAUUAUUACGACAGCGACUUAUGAAUAAUAAAAAUCGAAUAUCAUUGAGCGACUACGUUGGACAUUCAGCACCUACUGUAUGUAGUGUUGACCAAAUAAAACAACAUUAUUCUGACGCAAACGUUCUCGACGUAACAGCAUCAAAUGCCACUUGCUACAAAUUCUUAUUAUCCGAUGUUCUUGGGAAUGAGAGGAUCGUUAGCUUAGAUGUCGAUGAUGGUGGUGUCAUAAUUUUCGACGAAAAUGGUCAUGCGGGCGUGUCCGAAUUUACAAAAAGUUUCUUAGCUCUACCGGGUGUCGAUCCAAAACUUCUUCCUACUGGUUGGAUCGAGAAUCACUACAAAUGGAUAAUAUGGAAACUUGCUUCUCUAGAUCGAAUAAUUUUCAACACCAUUAAACUACCAAAAAUAUUGACACCCGAACGUGUUAUGAAAGAAUUGAAGUAUCGUUACGAUCGAGAAAUUGAUAAAGCCGAAAGAUCAGCUUUAAGACGAAUUUUAGAGAAAGAUGAUGUUUCGACGAGACGUAUGGUAUUAUGCAUUUCUUCGAUCAAAUGGAAAUCAUAUAAACAAGAUGAAGAAAUUAAUGGGAAGGCAUUAGUAGGCCUAUCCCAAAUUGAGAUAGAAGCCAUGGAUGGAUGGUACAGUAUUCCCUUAACGAUUGAUACUGCAAUGGCUCAUUACGUUGCGACUGGUAAAAUUAAGGAAGGCACCAAGAUUAUAACGUACGGUGCUGAAUUAUUGGAGUGUCCAAGAGGCUACUUUCCCCUCGAGAAGCCGGUCAACGUAAGUUUGAGGAUAUGCACGAACUGCACAAGGAGAGUGAGAUGGAACACCAAACUUGGUUAUCAGAAGAAUUCGCGACCCAUACCUGUGAAACUGCGAAGCAUCGUACCGACUGGAGGAAUGAUCGGUGAAACGACAGCGGUGGUUGCGAGAACUUAUCCACCUUUAUACAGAGAAAAGACUGCGAAUGGCCAAUCAAUCUAUCGUAACGCUCGAUCAGAGGAAAAAGCGGCGAGUGACUACGAACGGAGUCUAGAGUCAAAAGUAGACGCUAUGUAUGCCGAGGCGGAGAAAAACUUUGAGUCAAAGAAAACAUCGGAAUCGGAUGACGAGAUGGAAAAUUCAUCACAGUCCAAAGUGAGGACGCGCAAUCAGAGUCAAUGGCAGCGCAACCAGAGUGCGCUAAAGGCAAAGCUGGAGACGCGGAUGCGACAGGAUUUACCUCCGCCCCGUCAGGUCACAUCUAUCCUCAAGAUUCGCCUCUUCCACGACAAGACCACGGCGAUUUUGUCCCUAUGGGGAGGUAACGAAGACUCGAGAUACGACAUUAAGGAGGGCGACACCAUCACCGUCUACAAUUCCUUUGCAACGGGAACGAGGGGCGGCGAGCUCAAUCUCACCACCAACAGGAUCACUCACAUAAAGAAGGAGUCGCUGCUAAAGCUGCCAUAUCCGAAUAGAAUCUGCAGCCUCAUUGCGGAGAUCGGUAGUCCGGACUUUCAGCCGGCGUUCAACGAGAUUGACACCGUUGGAGUCGUCGUGUCACUCGGAGUCGCUCCUUCCGGAAUGAAGAAUUUCGAAAUGGUGAAUCUCGGGCAUCCGAAGCCAAGCACCGGAGGCUCGGCCUACCUGUCGAUACUCUUCUGGAACGGUUUGUCCGCGUUCGGCUACCAGGGUAUACUCACCGUUGGCUCGCUCGUCGCCUGCAGUAAUCUCGAAUGGCGUAGCAGCGCUUCCUUGAGCUUACCCGUUGCUUAUUGCACGGAAAAGAGCCUUUUCAGCUGUCAUCCUCGUCAGCCGUAUCUCGCAAAGGAGCUGCGCAACCUCAAGGCCCUCGUGCAGAAUCCAGCGACGUACGCGGAGAACUGUGCCGAGGAAGUCGCUAGGGAACUGUCGAAGAGAUCGCUGCAGCCUUGGUCACGUCAGGUCGGCUUAGCCAGCCCUUGGACCCCCGGCUCUCAGGAGAUGCGCAGCCCCGGCGGACCCUCGGUGCAGCGCCGAUUGGAGAAGCUUUCGCGUUACGGAUGCUCGACCGACGGCUCGCCCAGCGUCGUGCUCAACGACAGCUCCGACCGCGUCAAGAGGGACUUCACGCCCGUGACUCGUGGGAAGUCCUGAGGCGAGGCUGUUGCCAAUGACUCCUAGCGAAAACCCCGCGCGGAUAAUCAAGGAUUUAAGAUGAUUAGCGUGACAUGGACUUUACGGUCCCAGGAGCUUUCUACGCCCGAC